UGUACUCGCUCGUACUCGUCCGUCGAAAAAUCAUCGAAAUUAAGCACUAUGAAGAAUGUGAGAGUAGGCGUUAUUGGUGCUGGUAUUAUUGGGGUGUCCACGGCAUAUAAUGUACAGUUGUUAUGUCCCAAUGCCGAAGUGUCAAUAAUUGCUGCAGAGUUUUCACCAAACACAACAUCUGAUGGUGCAGCAGGUUUCAUUCAGCCUUAUCUUGCUCCUGGCACACCAAAAGAAGACAUACAGAGAUGGUUUAAAUCAACAUGGAUGCACCUUACCAAGAUCAUCAAAUCUGCUGAUGCUGGAAAGGCUGGGGUACAUUUUACAUCAGGCUACAAUGUCUUUAAGAAAUUUGAGCCUGACCCUGAAUGGAAAGAUGAGGUACUUGGAUUCAGGCAUGCAACUCAAUAUGAACUCAAUGAUUUAUUUCCAUCGUUUAAGCAUGGAUGGUUCUUCACUUCUUUGAUUUGUGAGAGUGAGAGAUAUAUCCCAUUCCUAACUGAAAAAUUUCUGAAAAAUGGAGGAAAACUGAUCCAGAGGAGGGUUAAUAAUUUUGCAGAGCUGGGUGAUCAAUAUGAUGUAAUAGUCAACUGUACUGGUAUUGGAGCCAGAUUUCUUGCUAAUGAUGAUUCAGUAGAGCCAGUCAGAGGACAGGUCAUGAGGUUGUCUUACCAUGAGAACAUGUGUCGCUCACAUAUAAUAACAAGAGAAUCUACUGGUGAGUCACAUACUCAUACACUCGUGCGUCAAGAUGAUGUCACUGUAGGGGGCACAGCUCAGCUUGGGAGAUGGGACACGGAGGUAGACCCAAAAGAUGCUCAACAAAUCUGGGAGAGGGCCUGCAAUGUCAUUCCAAGUCUUAAGGGUGCAAAGAUCAAGAAACACUGGGUUGGACUGAGACCACAGCGUUCUAAAGGAGUGAGGGUAGAAGCAGAAACAUUGACCUAUGGCUCAAAUAAGAUUAAGAUUGUCCAUAAUUAUGGUCAUGGUGGAUGUGGGAUUACCCUGCAUUGGGGAUGUGCGCUGGAUGCUGCUAGGCUUGUACAAGAACAACUUAUUCCAAGAACUGCAUCUAAACUUUAAUCUCCACUGCACUUCAGCAAUUAUACAUGAACAAGAAGACAUUGGGAGUGUCAAGCAUCUCCCUCCCCAGUACUUUCCAGGGGCCGCGGAACCGGGGGGGCUGGGGGGGCUUCAGUCCCCCACUUUUUCCAAAACCGUGUACAAAAACGCAAAAAUGACCAUACGAUUGUGAUUUUUAGCAUGGUCAGCCCCCCCACUUUGAAAACCGUUCUGUGGCCCCUGCUUUCCUUGGAUUUGCGAAUUGACAUAUUUCAUUUAAUAGUAGUAUUCAUGAAUUCUGUAAUUUGAUUGGUCAAUUUGUCUGAGAAACAAUUCCAUAUUUACUGCACUAUCUUGGUCAUUCAGGUAAUAGAAGUCUGUACCGCCUGUUUGAUGUUUGGCUGUUGGUGUUUUAAUGUUUUAUACUGGAAUGAUCAUUGUUCUGCUCAUGCCAAGUGCUGAUUUAAAUCUCUGAAUAUGAGGCUGUAUUCCUUGGUGUGUGCUUAUUAAAGCGUAAUCGAGCACCGCACUGCCCACCACUAAUUGCGCAUCAUUCUCAAUGGCAAUGCGCAUUUUAAAUGUAGGGCAUUGACUGCUUCGCUUUGAAGUGAAUCAUUCCGAGAUGCAGUUAUGAGUUCUAGUGUCUUGAUUUUGAACAAUAAUAUGGAAAGAUCUUAGACAUUUUAGGUACAACUUUUUUUCAUAACAAAUCAAGUUGGUAGCUUUAUUGAGACCCCCUUCCAUAAACGAGGGGGCGAAAUUAGAGGUAGACUACUUUGGCAGGGUAAUUGUCUUUAGAAUAUGUACCACAAACAAUGUCAACGUAAGAAAUAGAUUUUAAAGGUGGCCUACACAGAUAAAAUCAUUUAUUUACCGUCCUUGUUCCAUAUACCAUGCGGCUUCUCGUCUCGUGAGAUGUGAAACAAGAAGGCAAACAAGUAAGAUGUAACAAUUGAUAUAGAGCAGAAUUUUUCAGGAUACUUUUACUCUGUAAUUUUUUUUUAAUUAAUUAAAUGAGAAAAGUGUGUGCAAAAAAAAAGCAUUUUAGGGGACCUAUAUGUCAUUUAUACAAGUUAUAAUUUUAUUUUUUGUUUGAAUGUAUGUUAAUCAAAAUAUUGAAGUAGAUUUCACUUCCUCUGGGUUUUUUUUCUGUACUUUUUCUCAUUGCCUUUUUUAGAAUUUCAGAAUAUGAUACAGGUGAUAUAUACACAACAAAAAAAGUAAGUCCCCCCUUGAACAAACA